AUGGCUACAAACUCAAGCGAUAUGGGCGAAUCUCAACCGUCAGCCACUGGCGCAUCGGGCGCACCUAUCGACUGGGCCGUAGCGUUUGAAUCGCCGGAAUUUCUCUCUGGCCUCCAGACAGCGCUCGGCGGUGUGGCCAAUUCUACGCUGCCUCGACCCGAUCAUUUGGAGCAGUUGGGCGACUCUAUUCCCUCACAACCAACUACAUCGAGUGCGUCAGCACCAGGUAACUUGUCUGUAGCUCAAGGUAUGUUUCACGUCAGUGUCGCAGAAGUAAGUUCUUCAUUACUCCCACCUCGGCCAUCGCUUAGUGUGUUCAACCCCACCGACGACAUUCCGUCUGUUACUCCUGCCCCUAACAUUAUCCAAACUCUCAACCUUGGUCCAGAAGAGAAUGCCUUCAGCUUGGGCGUCGGUCGUGCUCCGAUUCCACGUAUGUUGGUCUCGAAAAUCCUCUCCAAUCAGUUCAUUGAACUAACAGAGCUGCUGCCCAAGAAUUUGGGAUCUUCUGCGUCAGAUCUGGACAUUUUGUCGUGGACUGAAUGCUUCAUUACAUAUAUAUUGGUUAUGAUUACUUUCCGUCCGCACCGGGCACACGAUCUACUCGAGUAUAUGGCGCUUAUUAUACGCACAGCCGAGCGUUUCGACGGCAGAGCCUGGUCUCAAUAUGAUCGCGCCUUUCGUCGUGAAGCCGAAGUUAGUAAUCUCAAGGAUUGGAGCGUUGUGCGAACGGACUUGUAUAAUUUCCACACGUCGGCAAUAAAUCGUCGCGUUAAUUUUGAAUCAACCGGAGCGAUGCCUCGUGCCGGACCUAUGGCACUGUAA